AGUGGUCGCAAUGUGUGUCGUGCUCUCCUUCGGGUACUCCUCUGUAUUCUUCUUUGUUUUUCCACUGCUUGACGUUGUGUCACAACACUGCUGACGUCUCGCGGCGUCACCGUCGUUAUCGAUUCCAAAGGCAACUCCGACCUCUUCCGGCGAGUUCCCUUCCAAAGCAAAAAGGAAAAUCCAGCUCUCUUCUUCAUUACUUGGUUUUUUCUCUCCCUCUUACACCCUUAUCAUCAUUAUUAUCAAGAAUAUUACCUAUCGAUCGUAGCCGUUAUACGUCGCCAGAACUUCCCCCUGGUAGAUCAACGUCACGCAGCUUUCUUUUGUUUACUGUUUUUCUCUCUUUAAAAGGUAAAAAGGCUCUUCUUCACCUCAACGGGGAUGUCCGCAGCGGCAGCAGCAGCCUCGCUUGUGCGCGUGGGCGAGCUCGCUUGUCAGAAAAACUCCUUCCUGCGCGAGCUGACCGCCACGGUGGUGUCCUGCGAGCCCGUCAAAGCCGCCGGCGCUGCAGGCAAGAAAAAGGCGAAGGGCGGAGACGGCAACGGCGCUGCAACCGCAGAACUCUUCGACGUUGUGUUGAGCGACUCCGUGCUUUUCCCCGAGGGCGGCGGUCAACCGUGCGACUACGGCACCCUGCGGGUGGUGGAGAAGGAGGAGAAGGGUUCUGAUGCAGAGGAGAGUACGAAGAUGGUCCCCAUCACCAGUGUCCGUCGUGUCGGUGACACCUGCGUCCUGACCAGCUCGGUGCCACUGACGGUCGGCGCGGCGGUGCAUCAAGUCGUGGACUGGCCGCGCCGGUUGGACCACAUGCAGCACCACACAGGGCAGCAUUUACUGACCGCCGUGAUGGAGCGCACGGACACAAUGCACCUGCCGACGGUCAGCUGGUCCCUCACGCACCCCUACUGCUUCAUCCAGGUGGACGUCGGCGCCUACGCGGGCGACUCUGCCUCUCCGUACCACGCGUACGUGACAAAAGAGAGGAAGAUUUGCGAUGACAUGGUGGCGAAGAUAGAGGACCUGUGCAACGCCGCGAUUGCGCGUAGCACCCCGGUUGUGUGCGACGUCUUUGUGAGCCGCGACGCGUACCAGCAGGAGCAGGAACGCCGAGCCGCCUCGCCCGUUACCGCGGAGGACGGCGGCGGCGAGGAAGCCUUCCGCAGCCGUGGCAUUCCGGAAGACGUGAAGGGCCCGAUUCGCAUCAUCUCGCUGACGCACAUGGACAGCUGCACCUGCUGCGGCACCCACCUGCAUACCCUGGCAGAGCUGCAGGCCAUGUACCUCCUACACCAAGAAGUCAAAGGGACAACGGUGAAGCUGCACUUCAUCACGGGUGCCCGGGCGGCACAGCAGUUUCACGCCAUGUACCAGCGAGAGCGUCAGCUGAUGCCGGAGCUGGGCGGUAGCAGGCCGGAGGACUUCGUCACGGUUGUGCAGCGCCGCUCCAAAGAGGCGACGGAGGCGGAGAAGAUGAUGAAGCGGUGGACGCUGGAGCUGGCGGGUCACGAGGCCCGUCGCAUCCUUACGGAGGUGGCGAAGAAGGAGGAGGAGGACAAGGCAGCUGCCGUGAUCGUCGUUGCACUCCGCCGCGACGAUGUCGAACUCGACUUCUUUAACGAGGUGCGUCUGCAGCUGGACGCUGCGGGGUAUCGCCGUGUUGUGCUGGUCGCUGCCUGGACGGCUGACCGCUGCGUCACCGGCACCGUCACGAGCGCGAAGGACGUGGCUGGGCAAGUUUUCAUUACAGGUGGGGAGUCGCCGGCGGACAUGGAGAAGGCGGUGGAGUUGGCGAAGGAGACGCUGGAGGGCCUGAAGGGCGGCACCUCGAAGUUUGGGUUCCGUGGGAAGGGCAGCCUGAAGGAGUGGGAUGCGCUGGUGCGGCGCCUGCAGGAGUAA